AGGACCCAGGUUUCCAUGUGCUCCAUGUGCUCAAGUGUCCUGCAGACCCAGGGGGAGCCUGGAUCCCGGAUCCAGGCAUCCCGAACACCAGCUCACCCCACCAUGUCCUUCGCCGCGCUCCUGACCCGCCUGGGUGGCAUGGGCCGUUUCCAGUCCCUAUACGUGGCAGCCCUGGCACUACCAUUGCUGCUCCUCGCCAGCCACAACCUGCUGCAGAACUUCACCGCCGGCGUCCCCGACCACCAUUGCCGCACCGGAGGCCUCCCCCUGCUGGCCUCCAUCCCCACCGACGGCCAGCGGCGGCCCCAGCGCUGCCGGCGCUUCGUGGAGCCCCAAUGGCACCUCCUGGAUGCCAACGGCACGGCCAACGGCAGCGCCGCGGCCACCGAGCCCUGCCGCGAUGGAUGGAGCUAUGGUGACGGUGCCUUCGCGCACACCAUCGUCACCGAGUGGGAUCUGGUGUGUGAGUCCAAGACAUGGAAGCAGGCGGCUCAAUCCAUUUACAUGGCCGGGAUCCUCCUGGGCUCCUGCCUCUUUGGGAUCCUCUCUGAUAAGCUGGGUCGCCGGGCGGUGCUGACCUGGUGCUACCUGCAGCUGGGGGUGACUGGUGCCGGCACCGCGGCAGCACCAACACUGCUGCUCUACUGCCUGGGCCGGUUCCUGAGCGGGCUGGCGAUGGCUGGAGUGUCCCUAAACACAUCCUCACUAUGCAUGGAGUGGAUCCCGACGGAGGCUCGGGCUGUGGUUGGCACCAUCAAUGGAUACUGCUACACCCUGGGCCAGUUCCUGCUGGCGGCCGUGGCCUUCGCGCUCCCGCACUGGCGCUGGCUGCAGCUCACGGUGUCCCUGCCCUUCGGCCUCUUCUUCCUCUACUCCUGGCUGCUGCCAGAGUCCGCCCGCUGGCAGCUGAGCACAGGGCGGCAGCUCCAGGCCCUGGCCGGGCUCCGACGCGUGGCUCGGAUCAAUGGGCGUGAGCAGGAGGGAGCCAGCCUGGAGCCGGAGGCACUGCAGGCUCUGGGCCUCCAGGAGCCGUCGGUGCCAGGGGGAGCUGUGGCCGCACUAUUCCGGACUCCGGGAAUGAGGACGGUGUCGUGUGGAGUCUCCUUUGUCUGGUUCUCCACCAGCUUCGCCUAUUAUGGUCUGGCCAUGGACCUUCAGGGCUUCGGGCUGGACAUGUACCUGAGCCAGGUGCUGUUUGGGGCCGUGGACAUCCCGGCCAAGCUGCUGUCGGCCGUGGCCAUAGGAUCCGUAGGGAGAAGGGGGGCUCAGGGGGGGGCCCUGGCGCUGGCUGGGGUCUGUGUCCUGGCCAACAGUGCUGUGCCUGGAGAGCUGCGGGCGCUCAGGAUGGCUCUGGCUGUGCUGGGGAAGGGAUCACUGGCUGCAUCCUUCAACUGUGCCUAUAUCUACACUGGGGAGCUGUUCCCCACGGCCAUCAGGCAGACAGGGCUGGGCCUGGGGGGCACCAUGGCUCGUGUGGGGGGGAUGGUGGCCCCCCUGGUGCGGAUGGUGGCCGAGGUCAGCCCCAUCCUGCCCCUGCUCAUCUAUGGGGCUGCCCCCAUUGUCUCUGCUGGGGCCACCUACUUCCUACCGGAGACCCGGAGCCUGCCCCUGCCCGAGACUGUGGCCGACGUGGAGAUGAGAGCAGGACACCUCAAGGACAAGGAGCUCAGCAUCCCCCUGAGCAGCACCAGCACCAAGGACAGCGCCUGAAGGGGACCAGGAUGGGCCCUGGUACCCGGACCCUGGGGGCAUCAUCCUGCACC